UAUUACCUAAUUAUUCAUCUUUAACUUAGGAUUUGAAUGUUGAACUGAUCCAUGGAGUGGAUUGAUUAAAUGGAUUUAUAUGUUUGUGGGAGAUUCAAUAAAGCUGUUUUUCAUUUUCUCGUCUAUUUAUGUUUGGUUCACUGAUCUAUGUUUUUCUUCCAACUUGAUUUUAGGGUUUGGUUUACUGAUAUGCAGGCUAAAUGUUUGCUUUAAUUUUCAUCUCAGAGACGAAUACUACUCCUGUUGGUUUGAGUAAAGUGCUGAAGUUCGAAACUCUUUUUGCAGGCUGAUUUGGAUAUGCAAAGAGCCUAAGACUAGAACGUUAUCAAAAGUUUGUCCCUGGCUAGGCACCUUAAAAUCAGAAAGCAGUCUGUUGAAUGCACUCAGCUUCAAUGCAACCCAAAAUCAGUUCUUUCUUUAAGCGCUCCGCAGCCAGAACCUUUGACCCAUCUGAAGUUUCUGCUCCCGUUGAAGAUACCACACACUUUGAUAUUCAAGAGCCAGAGAUUCGAAUAACAUACAAGCGUCGAACACCUAAAGAGGAACCAGACAGAAAUGGUGAAUUCACUAGUACAGACAUUAUAGAAAGACCUCAAGUUGCCCCACCCAAACUGCUACCUUCUGGUUCAAGCAAAAGUUUGAACAAAAAGAGAACUUACGCGCAGUUUCAUUUGGAGUUGGGGCAGUCAGAUUUUCUUUUGCAUACCUGCUCUACAUGUGGGUUUAACUUUGCUAUAGGAGAUGAAGGGGAUGAGAAGGUUCACAAAGAGUUUCACAAGACCUACACCCAUGGAAUCCAAUUUAAGGGUUGGCGCAAUGAAAGAGUAAUUUUAGCAAGUGAGGGUGCUCGUGUUAUUUCAGUGUUAGACGGUGACCCACCAGGUCAAAUGAAAAAGGUUCAAGAGGUUGUAAAGAUGGUGGAGGAUGAGCUUGGUUUGGGUGAGGGGUGGCUUCUCCACAAACUCUGCAAGGUAUAUCUGUUCGUAUUGAACCAGAGAAUUGCUGGUUGUCUAGUUGUAGAACCAAUAAAAACUGCGCACAGAGUUAUUUCAAAAUCUGUAGUGCAGAGAAGCUCCACUUCAAAUGAAAAAGCAGCUAGACCAAACUCUGUUGUACUGCGUUUUGGGAAUGUUAACUUUAAGCAGGAAAUAGUAAAGCAUAUGUCUUCUGUCGAUGGACUUGAUGUGUCAGAAGACCCAAGUGGAGUAAUUCUGUGCGAUAAGGAUGCUGUUUCAGCCGUCUGUGGAAUAAGAGCUAUCUGGGUCGCACCCUUUCAUAGAAUGAAACAUGUUGGCACCAAAUUACUUGAUGCUGCAAGGAAGAGUUUCUCCAAGGGUUACACUAUUGAAGCCUCACAAGUUGCAUUUUCUCAGCCUACUACUGCAGGAAAGGUGUUUGCAUCGAAAUACAGCGGCACUAACACUUUCCUGGUGUACCAUACACAAGCCUGAGCACCAUACCGGCCUGGUCGGCUGGGUAUGACUCCUUAAGUUUUUUUCUUAUCCAUUGAAAUAGAAGUUACAAUGUUGUGACUUUUUCAGAGUCUAGGGAUAAAAGCUGACUUAUUUUUUGUCCAAAGUGUAAUUAUUAGGGACUAAUAUGCAGUUGUGGAAUUACAGACUAGUACAUUAUAUUGGCA